CAGCAGAGUAUUUUAAAGCGCUUUGCGCAAGGCGCGCAGAGGAUCCUGCUGUACAUAGAUUUUCAAUGGUUUGACCAUGGAUCCCUGAGUUUAAACGUGGCAGCCCAAGGUGAGCCAUGACUUUGCCCCUGGGCCCUCAUUCAAUCUAUUCAGCGCCGCCGACAGAAGAGAUGCUCUCCAAGUUGGUCUAUGUGAAGUGGUGUGUCUUGCUGACUUACUUGUGCGCUAUAGGGCGCUUCGUGGCGGAUGAGCCCUUCGGCGCGUUGAACGAUCUCUUCGGCGCCUGCUUUGGCACCUUCCUGCUCAAGGAGGAUCCCGCUUUGGCACAUUGCUUCCGCUGCUUGCAGGAGACUGCCCUUGGAGCCAUGAGUGAUGGUGGCUUAAGCUGUUUGCUUCCGUACCUCCUCUUGGCCACCUUAAACUGUGCUUUCGGGCUACUGAGAGUGUACACUUUUGCCACGAAAUAUGGCACACUUUUACCUUGUUCUGAAAGGCCGGUCUGCUAUUUGCCAGCAUGGGUCUUGUUGAGCUCCCUGAGCCAGUUUGUCGCAAGCUGCCUUUGCUGGAAGGUCUACAAGCUGCUGCAGCUACAAACCUUGGAAUAUCUUCGAGUGGAGCCAGCCAGAGGGCACUCGACGGAGGAUGCUCGUCCGGACGGUCACCACGGCCACCAUGGACAUCACGGCCAUCGACACGCACGGAAUGGGCGACGUUCAUCCCGUCGAGAGAGCCGAGAGGGCGCCCACCUGAUUCAGCCAUUCCAGGGUACUCCGCAUCAGCUGGGUGAUGCUCCGGCGAGCACUGCAUGAGUCGCACGACUCCAAAGUGCUUUCAGUAGCUCUGUGCUCCAAAAAUGUGCUCCAAAUAGAGCUUGUAGGGUUCCGACCGGUGUACUGCGUAAGCGAGCCACUGUGAAG